AUGGCCCAAUACCAGCUACUGCCUCCACUUCUACAGAAUACGAGGGAGCGCCGUGGGAACAGCCAGACGAGCCCAUGCGGCCGUGCGGCCAUGCGACCAUGCAUGCGGUGGCUGAGCAGCAGCCCGUGCGCCCGUGCCGCCCACACCCACACCCACUCCCACUCCCACUCCCACACCCACUCCCACACCCACACCCACUCCCACACGCCCCCUCAUUACAUGGUGACAGAUAUAGUACCGAGCAGACAGUUGUCCAAUGUCACCCCUGGACCAAAGGCGGGAGAGAGUUGGCGCAUCGCAGCAAGAAGGAGGAGAGGAGAACACGAGGAAAAGACAACAAAGGCGUCACGUCCAAAACAGCCAGCAGGAUCCGACAAUGGGCCCCACCCUGCCUGCAUCCACAUCCCCAUCCAUCCAUCCAUCGUCCACUCCAGGGCUUCCCACUCGACCUCGUCAUGGAUGCCUCCUUGGCAGGGGCAAUGGCCACCCGACCAGCCGCCCAGCCGCCCAGCCCCCCAAAUCCCAACCAGGUCUGGCCAACGUUCCAGCACGCUGGCGACACGAACAAGGAAUCAGGCCCUUGUAACAUGCUUUAGGAAGACCGUUUUACUGUACCUUGCUCUGCACGGUUGUACGCCAUGUACCUACACUGUACACGGUCUGUUUUAUCGUGAAUCUGAUCUUCUCCGAGUCGGCUGGUAUAGGUACAUGUACAUACUACAAGUGUCUGUCACACCACAAUGGGAGAACAGGCUGACAUGCGCCAAAUCGAAAAUUGCCACUUCCUUCUCUGCUUCUGACUCUGCGCUCUGCACUCUGACUCUGCACUCUGACUCUGGCUCUGGCUCUGACUCUGACUCUGACUCUGAUUCUGAUUCUCACCCUGGCUCUGACUCUCGACUAGUCAUCCGCGGAGCCUAUAUGGCGUACCUUUUUGCCGUUGGAAAUCACGACACUCAGAGUCACAAGAGUGCUAAACAAAGGGGGGCCAAUAGAAAGCAAGCCUUCUAUCCAUUCCAGCAUGGCCUCCUGUACUCAUUUCUGAGCGCAAUGCGGCUCCCAUCGCUCCAUUGCCCCAAACCAGAGGCUUGCAGGCGUCCAUCUGCAGUCACGAAUACGGACAACAAGGACGCCAAAUGGGCUACAUUCGUCAAAACAACCUACUCGGAUCCCCAAGGAGUUGAACGCACGUGGGAGCAUGGUGAACGCCUCACUCGCCCAAAAGGUUGCGACAUUGAUGGCGUUGGGGUCGUCGCCAUACUGCAAGACCCCUCAAGGCCAGAGGAAGAACCCCGCAUCGUGCUGCAGAAGCAAUGGCGUCCACCUGUAAACGCGACCGUCAUAGAGGUACCUGCUGGUCUCAUGGACCCUGGUGAGACACCAGAGGUAUGUGCCCUGCGUGAACUGAAAGAGGAGACUGGCUAUGUCGGCGAGGUCGUGUCCGAUCGUACGUUUCAGGCCACUCCAAUCAUGUUCAAUGAUCCCGGCUUCUGCAAUACCAACUUGCGGAUGAUACAUGUGACCGUCGAUCUCUCUCGACCUGAAAACCAGAACCCCCAACCUGAGCUCGAGGAGAACGAGUUCAUCGAGACCUUUUCAGUCCCCCUCAAGAGCUUAUGGGACGAAUGCAUCAAGCUCGAGCAACAGGGUUAUGCUAUUGAUGCAAGAGUGGGCACCUUUGCUGAAGGCAUAGAGUUUGCCAAACGCUGGAAGCUCUUCUAA